AUGGGUAUUCAGGGAAAGGCUAAGAUUCAAAUGCCCCCCAGGAGAUACUUGGCACUCGCUUGUCUUGUCUUUCUUGUAUCAGGUAUGCUUUUAACUUACCAACUGAUUAAUGAUUUGGUUAUUUCGGCAAACUAUAUCCCCAAGGUAUUUCAAAGUCAAACAUCAGAAGCUGGUUCUUUUGAGUUCCCUGUGGAAUCUGUCUUUAUAGAGAACAGUCAUUCUCUUUCUUUUAAAAAUGUCCAAAUUCUGGAAUCUAUCCCCAAAAUACCUGUUUCUAUCUCCAAAAUAUUGAGAAAAUUGGUCAAGAGUACCGAUCCCGAUUCAUACAUAUCAACAAAACUUACUCCGUUCAUUGCAUUGUCUGAAGUAGAGGAACAUCUUGAGGAUUCUCGUUGGAUUAACAGGCAUUGGUUUACCUCAGAAUCCGCCUCCCUUUAUGUCCCCACUCAGAAUGCUUAUUUGGUAGUCACCAGAAUUUCCUUUGUAUCGGAUGCGAAAUUAAAGGAGUUGGGUGCUGAUACCGACCCCAAAAAGGCGGAAGAAAAAGCUAAAACUGCUUGGUUGGAUGGCAAAUUGUCUCCUCUGAUCCUGUUCCUCUAUGGUCAACUCUUCUCUACUGAUUGGACAGAGAAAGUGGGCUACAAAUUAAGUGGUUACAAGUACCCUGCAAUCUUACCUGUCAAGUUCGCUCUUCCUGAACACAUCGAUCUGAAACUUACUUAUGGUCCCCAACAAAUUCUGUUGGUUAUGACUAAGACUGCUGAGUUGGAACAUGAACCCUUGUUGAUGUAUUCUACUGUGAUCGAUAAAAAGACCUCUCAAAUGUACGCUACAAUGUUACAUCCAGCUGAAAAUGAAGAAGUUGAUGAAGAAAAGAGGGCUUUGUCUUCAUUCUAUUCGUCCAACAAGAAACCCCAAGCUUUACGUUCAGUUAAGUUGAAUGUGGCCGAUAAGAAGGACGUUUCGUACACCAAUUGGAGUGCUUUCGUUGAUAUCGCUGCUAGAACCCAAGAGAAGCCUUAUGAUUCUAGCAUCAUGUUCAUCACCGACUUGAACACUAUGCACACCAUCAAAUGUGAGAUACACCUGGGUACAUGUCGUACUGUAUCUCAAGAUGAGAAACCUCACAAAUUGGGUAAAGACAAACUUGUUGGUGGAUCUCAAUUGAUUCAUAUGUCUGAGCUUUUACUUGAUGUCGACCCACAGGAGCUUAUCGAUAACCCCAUUGCUCAAGAUGUUUGGGUUGGGUUCACCAAUUAUGAAUUGACUAAUUGCGGUUGUGGGUCUCAAAUAACCCGUCCAGCUAUGACUACAGUCAUUCGUAAUUCUGAUGGUAAAUUCAAAAUGAUCCAAUUAUCAUCUGCUCUUGACUUUAAUUUGGAUGUUGUCAGUUGGAAUAACUUGAAUGCCAAAGCACAAAAAUGUUCUGGUUACAAUAAGUUCAAUGCUAAGAGUAUCUUGAAAUGGGAAAGUGUCAUCACUGAAAAUUCCAUUGAAGAUCGUUUGUCAAUUGCCUUUUCAAUGAGUGAUUCAGCUACUUAUGUACUUACUGUGAAAGGGUUUCUUAAGGAAGUUGUAAGAGCAUUGAUCUUACUCAAGGAAAAGAAGUUCAGAGGUUCCGAUAUUUCUUUGGCAGUGGGUAAAUCUAAGCAAUAUUGUCAAUACUAUGUUCAAGAACAAUCGGUCAGAAGACCCCAAAUAGAAGGUGCAAGAGAACUCCACAAGGUAGGUACAAGUUUAUAUCAACAUGCAGACUCUUCUUCGAUAGAAGACGAGUAUAUGGAGGAAGACAAUCCUGAAGAUGUUCCACAUGAGAAUAAUGAAGACAAUAAGAAUAAGCGCAUUACAUUAUAUCCUUCAUACAUUGAAAAUCCCAGAUCACAUUUUGAGGAAUUUUUUGUCAAUGAUGCUGAACCUGCAUCAGCACGUAAGUUUACUCAAUUUGGUCGUGGUGAUGAUGACAAUAGUCCAUACACUGACUACAAAUAUCUGGAUCAAAAAUUGGUUAUUUAUAAUGCUUUCAAGGAUUUGGAAGAUAAUAAAGAUUUGAAGGUUUGUGAUGCUGUCAGAGAGGAUAUUAACAUUCAAAUCACAACCCCUAUCAAUAAGGAUAAAGCUUUAGUUGAUGUUGUAAAGAAAUACUUAACAAAAGAUAAAUCAUUAUCACAAGAACAAUUGGCCUACUUUGAAGAAUUUAGACCUUUCCUUAAAAGUAAGAUGGAGGAAAUGCUUAAAAGUGAUGACUUCAUCAAUGAACAUUGGUUUAGAUUUGCAGGUACUAGUGCCUAUUUGAAAGAAUACGGUGUUUACUUUAUGGUUUCAAGAGUUCUUUUCACUCCCCUGGGUGUUCGUGAUAGACCAGCCUUUUCUAUGUCUUAUGCUCAAAUUUUUAACUCUAAAUGGGAAGAAUUAGACGGUAUUGAUCUUAUUGUUCCUGCCACAGAUGAUUCUUCAAAGAGGUUCCGUAAGAUUAGAUAUCCUGAUUUUAUUCAUUUCCCCACAUAUAAUGACCCCAAUGUUGGUGGUAUUAAGUGGUACGGUCCAGAAGAUCCAAGACUUAUUGUCAGAAAGAAUCAUUUGGGACAUGAUGAACCUUUAGUCAUCUUUAACCAAUACCAAAGAGAAAUUGUUGAAACUGAAGGUGCUGGUGAUGCCGAGGAACAAAAGGUUAAAUUCAAAUAUCAAAGAGUUCUCUAUAUGGGAUACCCUUGGGAAUUCCAAGUAGGUAAGGCUCAUAUUGACCCUGUUUCCUAUGGGACUGGAAAAUCAAUGUAUAACCGUGCUACAGCUAUGACACUUUAUGAUAAGGAUGGGAAAUUACUUCCUCGUAAGGGCAAAGAAAAGAACUGGACUCCAUUCCUACUGGAAAAUGAUAGAGUUGCAAAUAAUGGAAUUGACAAGUAUCUUUACUUUGUCUAUAGAUGGGAAAGAAUUCAUAUUCUUAAAUGUGAGAUUCCUUCGGGUGCACUGCAUGAAGCUCCUUGUUCAUUUGUGUAUAAGAAUUGGCCCGACGAUGGCACUGAACCUAAUGGUAUUGGAUCACUUAGAGGUGGAUCUCAAUUGAUCAGUGUUAAUGAGAUUGUGAAGAAUUUACCUCUGCCAUAUAAUUCCUUACCCCAAGAAUACUGGCUUGGAAUUGGAAGAUCAAAGUUGAGUAAUUGUGGUUGUGGUAAAGCCAUGUACAGACCACAACUUAUGCUUUUAACUAAGGCCUAUGAUGAAGAUAAAUAUCAAAUUUCUCAUGUUUCUGCAUUUGCAUCAUUUAACUUGGACAUGAUACCAUGGAAGGCAGACAAACCUCAAUACUUGUGUGGACCAUGGCCCAAUAUCAUUUUACCCAAUGGUAUUGCUCGUUGGGAUGCAAAGACAGUGGAGGGAGAAAUUGAUGAUGUUCUUACGCUUGCAUAUUCCAACUCUGAUAAGACAGUUGAGUUGAUGAACCUUCGUGGUAUUAUGAAAGAAUUCUUCCGGAUUAAUGCCUUCAGAAAGUCUCCUACAUUAGAAGAAAUGGCAGAAGAAAAGGGUUCUGUUAUUAAGAAUGAUUUCUUCAGUCUUUAUUCUAAUAUCGAAUGUAUGGUGCAAAAGUCACGUGAGUUCUGUGCUGCUUAUGGUAAGGAACAUCCAGAAGAGCCCAAAGAGGAAAAGAAGGAAUGA